CAACAUCCUGGUGGGAGUGCUACAGUGGCGUCCGCACGUCGAGGUGGUGAAGAAGCCCUCGCCAGAGGGCCUCGGUGGGAAGAUGUUCAUCCGGGGUCCCGUGGGAGAGCUUUUCAACAUGAUUGCCAAGUCGAUGAAUUUCACCUACACUUUGAUAGAACCGCCAGAUGGCUCUUGGGGAUCUCAGCUCCCAAACGGCUCGUGGAAAGGAAUGAUGGGACAAGUGACUCGGAAGGAGGUCGACGUGGCACUGGGACCAUUCGGUCCAGACGGAAGCUCGCUCCCAAGCAGUCGACUUCACCCAACCGGUGCAGUUCUCCAUGAAGAGGCUCAUUCUGGCUAAGAAUCGCCCCGAAAUCGACCCCUGGGGCUUUCUGUUCCCCCUCUCCCCUACGGUGUGGGGGUCCCUGAUCUUGUCCCUGAUCAUCGUCUGGCUGGUGACGAUACUCCUCGAAUUCGCGACCGAGAAACGGAUGGGGUACUCGGGGGCGUUUGGGCAUCUCUUCAGCGACGUCAGCGUCUUCGUUCAACAGGGAAUCAGCCUCAACCUGGACUUGGGCUGGCAGAAGAUGAUCGCGUAUUCCUGGCUGAUCCUGGUCACCGUGGUCGCCUGGAGUUACGCCGGAAACCUAAUGUCGCAGCUGGCGGUGCGGUACGUACCGCAGAGCGUCAAAACGGUACAGGACAUGGUGGACAACCCGAAGCUGACGCUUAUUCAGCUGAAUAACACGGCGCUGACUGAUUACCUCGCUACAGUGAAGAGCGGCGUUUUCCGGGAGAUGGCCCUCAUGUGGGACAAGGGCCGCAUGAAAUACCUGGAGGACGCCGAAUUUCCUCACGCCCUGGACACGCUGGUCAGACAGGGCGACCACGUAAUCCUGACGACAGACGUCACGGCGGAAAUGUACAUGGCGGAUCUGUUUACGAGGACAGGUCAGUGCGAUUUCUACAUGGCCCAAGAGGAGUUUCUGCCUUUGGCUCUGGGGAUCAUCACUCGCAAGAACAGUUUGCUGAUGCCAGCCAUAAACGCCAGAUUUAUUCCUUCAUUAAUGUUUGGUGAUUCUGAACAAGUUCCUGAGUGGGAGUAUGGUGAGGAGCAUGAGUAUUCUUCUCUCCUUGCUCGUACUUUGGAAACUAGAGAUGGACUUUAUGAAAGCUUUAAGGAAAGGUGGCUUUCUGAAUAUUUUAAACAAGAAGAAAAUAUUAGUGAGUUGGAGACAGAUGAAAUACCUGACACUGGAACAUCUUUGCCCAGUGAAAUAUCUACUAGGCCUACCCGUAGUACUGCUCUUGCCUCCAGAAACCUAAUAAGUUUAGCUCGGGAGGAUCCUCUAUCACCCAACUGUCAACAAGACAACAGAGAACCAGAGGCCGCCGCCGCCUCCUCCUCCUCCUCCUCCUCCUCCUCCUCUCCUUCUUCAUGUUUAGCCUGCAGGUGUCAAGAACCUUUAUAA